AUGUUUGAGUUUCCUGAUUGUGUUGUUUGCCAUGCAGACUCAUUCUUCCUUGGUCGUCCGAUACCGGCACUCGCCAUCCACGACCACCUCGUCGCUGGACGUUCGUAUUUUGUCCUCCCACUCGACCGCCUUCCUAAUGGUGGACCUCUCUCCGCCGCUGCCUUACAGUCUCUAUCAUCUCCUUCACCUAGUAAAAAAGAUAAGAGUUACCCUAGUAGUACAAUGAAUUAUUCUAAUAAUUUGUUUAGUGGUGGUAAUGACAAUAAUGGUAAUAAUAGCCCUUUUGAGUAUAUUAAGGAUAAAGAUGGUAGGGUAAUUAUGAUAAAAGUUGUACCAGAGUUUAUUACUAGGAUUAUUAGUCCAUCAAUAAGUCCGAAUAAUAAUAGUAAUAGUGAUAGUAAUAGUAAUAGUAUUAGUAAUCUUAUAUGUACGACCCCAGAGUUGCAGAAACAAUAUGAGCAACUUGUUAGGGCUAAAGAUCAAGGGUGGUCUCCAAGACUUGAGACGAUUUCUGAGCAUAAGAUUAGGUCUUCUCCUAUUAAGUUAUUGCGUUUGGAGUGGAAACAAAUCAAGCAAAAACAAAUUUGA